GAUGGGCAGAGCCAUUGGGGUGUUUGGGGUCCAGGCAUUCAGGUGUGUGUGUGGUCCAGGCUGUGCAUGGGAGCCUUAGCUUAGAGAACAAACAAGUUUUUGGCAAGAAUUUAAAUCAGGGAUCUCACCAGGAGCAGCUGUUGCUGACUUGCUUUCAAGGAGAGAUUAUUGCAGGUGAUUCUGGGGCUGGGAGAGGCUGCAGAGAUGUCAGGGAGGAAACCAGCCAAGGAGAACGUGGCAAGAAGUAACAAAAGAGGAGAAAGUAUUUUCUCCCUGCGACCUGGAUGACAGCAGGGAGAUAAAAACUGGGCUCAUAUUAAUUAGGAGGAAACAGAAACGAGUGGGAGCUACGAUAAUCUUGAAAGUACCAGCAGCAGGAUAGUGAAUGCAGAUGAAUGCAGCAGGUGAGGAAAUUCUCAUUAAGGAAAUCUUAAUGAGACAAUAAAAGCCUCUGGGAAGCCUCACAGUCCCCACACCUCUCCUCUGGUGAGACUUUCCUGGCACGUUUGGUGAGCUGGCCUGUGGCUUUUCCUCCUCUUUUGUGUUAAGAAAUGCUCAUUUUGCUGAUAGCAAAGGCCAGAUGGUAGCUCAGUGUCCAGCGGGGAUGGAGACGCCCAAAGCAAUGUGGCAGCCGCCCUUCCAUCUUUCUCUGGUGGGGUGAAGAUGUGGGAGCUCCAAAAUAAUGGCACCCUGUGGACAUCACUGUGGUAUUCCAUAUGGAUUGUGCAUCAGGGGCAUUGGAAUAGGUACCCGGGGAGGCAGCAGAGUCACCAUCCCUGGAGGUGUUAGAAGAGGCAUCCACAUCUGCCGCUGGGUGAUGCGUUUUCGUGGUACCGCUGGGCUGACGGUCGGACUGGAUCAUUCUGAAAGUCUCUUCUAACACUGAUUCUAAAAUUCCUAGGCUCUGUGACUCCAACACCCCGUCCCGGCUCACAGCCGGGCAAGGGGGAAGAUGGCGCCCGCCGGGUCCCCUCAGUGCGGGGGGAAGGGGGGGGGCGCCGCCUCGGGCCCGCCCCGCCCGCCCGCGCUCCCUCCCUCACGCCCCGCCGCCAUCUUGCCCGCGGAGCACCGGAGGGGCUGAGCUCCGCCGCCGCCUCUGCCUCUCCCCCUCCUUCCCCUCCGGCCGGGCCGCCUUCUCCCGGGGCCGGGGGGCCGGAGCCGGCAGGAGAAAUAUUGCUUUCAAAGAAUGACAACAGCUGCUUCAGCAAGUGGAUUUGCUGUGCAAGAGGUCAUUAUUUACAGCUGCCAGCUUUAUUGAAUUCUUCCUUACAUUUCAUCCUUAUUUUCUUUUAGAAGCGGCAAAACAACUUAGGGUUGAUGUUUUGUGUGCCAUCAACUGAACUUGGGGCCAUCAUGAAUAUCACCAAGGGUGGGCUGGUGCUGUUCUCAGCUAAUUCCAAUUCCUCGUGCAUGGAACUGUCCAAGAGGAUUGCUGAGCGCUUGGGAGUUGAGAUGGGGAAGGUUCAGGUUUAUCAAGAGCCAAACAGAGAAACACGAGUGCAGAUUCAGGAGUCUGUGAGAGGAAAGGACGUGUUUAUCAUCCAAACGGUUUCAAAGGAUGUGAAUACCACGAUCAUGGAGCUCCUGAUCAUGGUGUAUGCAUGUAAAACCUCCUGUGCCAAAAGCAUUAUUGGAGUGAUUCCUUACUUCCCCUACAGCAAACAGUGCAAGAUGAGGAAAAGGGGCUCCAUUGUCUCCAAAUUGCUGGCCUCCAUGAUGUGCAAAGCUGGACUAACUCAUCUUAUUACCAUGGAUCUACAUCAGAAGGAAAUUCAGGGUUUCUUCAAUAUUCCAGUUGAUAACUUGAGAGCAUCCCCAUUUUUACUCCAGUACAUCCAAGAAGAGAUACCAGACUACAGGAAUGCUGUAAUUGUGGCCAAAUCUCCUGCAUCUGCAAAGAGGGCACAGUCGUUUGCUGAGCGCUUGCGGCUGGGAAUCGCCGUGAUCCACGGGGAAGCUCAGGAUGCUGAGUCUGACAUGGUGGAUGGCCGGCACUCCCCUCCUACAGCCAAAUAUGUGGCUGCUAUCCACCCCAGCCUGGAGAUCCCCAUGCUGAUUCCCAAGGAAAAGCCACCCAUCACAGUUGUUGGAGAUGUAGGAGGAAGAAUAGCUAUCAUUGUGGAUGACAUCAUAGAUGACGUUGACAGCUUUCUGGCUGCAGCUGAGACCCUGAAGGAGAGAGGGGCCUACAAGAUCUUUGUCAUGGCCACCCAUGGGCUGCUGUCCUCAGACGCUCCCCGGCUGAUCGAGGAGUCUGCCAUCGAUGAAGUGGUUGUUACAAACACAAUUCCACAUGAAAUACAAAAACUUCAGUGCCCUAAAAUCAAGACUGUGGAUAUCAGCAUGAUCCUGUCAGAAGCCAUUCGCAGGAUCCAUAAUGGGGAGUCCAUGUCGUACCUUUUCAGGAAUAUAGGAGUGGAUGAUUAAAGCUCCUUCCCCUAAACAAACACCCCGGGCCAAACUGGAAGGAACAGAGAACGAGCUGUGAAGCAUCGUGCUUACCUUAAUAUUUCCAUUGAGCCACUUCUUGUUUUCUCUUGGUUUAAGUAUCAAGGUAGAACAGUUUUUAAGACCUUUUUUUUUUUUUUUUUCCCCUUUGCAGGUUUUUUUGGGAGGGGGGUUGGUGGGACUAAACGUUUUACAAAAAACUGUUGCUUUUAGGUUAGUUGCACUAUACACGAUGGAAAAAUCCCACAAAACACUUGAGGCAAGAAUUUGGCUUCUAAAUUAAGCAUUCCUUUUCCAAAGCUGCUUGUUACAAGUGCUUUAAAUGAUAACAAAAUGACCUGACUGUAUGAUAUUUGCAUUUUAAAAGCCAAAAAGGUUGUACUGUUGUAUGCAGUUCAGUGAUUUUGUAGGAGUGCUUUUAUAGAAAAGCAUAUGGAAUAUGCACCUGUAUUUAUUUUCUGCAACAAAGAAUAAAGACUUGUUUUGUGUGAGCUUUCUAAAAAUGUC